AGAUCUGGCCAUAGCAGAGUUAAUAUGCAACCUCAAGUUUUAAAAAAAUCAAAAGAUCAAUAGGCUUGGCAUUGCAAAAGCAGGAGAGGGAGUGCAGAAAUCUAGAGAGUUGAGAGAGAGAGGGAGAUCAAGAGAGGAGAGGGAGAAGGAAGUAGCAAAACAGAUGUUGGCUGGGGAGGGCGAGAUGGAGAGAUGCAGAGAAAUGCGGAGAGAGAAGUAGCUAAAGGAAAUGAAGCAGAGUCACAGUAGAGAUCUGUACAGUGCAACUUGCAGAGUUCCUCCUGCUUUCUUUCCCCUUGGUAUUGGAGACAAGCAGGGUAAGGGACCUACUCAUUGCUUCCCGGGCGUUGCUGCUGGAUGGUGAAGAAGACCCGAAGGAGGCCAGGCAGUACCUUGCCCAUCUCUUCCCUAUCGAGCCCCUUCUCUCCAAUGGGGAGAUGCCAGACAGCUGGAAUGCAUCUACAGACAGCUUGGAAGCACGAGCCGCAGGCAUCAUUGUGCCAGUGGUCUUCUCCCUCAUCUUCCUCGUGGGCACUAUAGGGAAUGGCCUGGUGCUUGCUGUGCUGCUCCGCAAUGGGCAGGUGAAAUAUAACACUACCAACCUCUUCAUCCUCAACCUGGCUGUGGCGGACCUCUGCUUCAUACUCUUCUGCGUCCCUUUCCAGGCCACCAUCUACACCUUGGAUGGAUGGCUCUUUGGUGCCUUUGGGUGCAAGGCAGUACAUUUCUUCAUCUACCUCACCAUGUAUGCCAGCAGUUUUACCUUGGCAGCUGUUUCUGUAGACAGGUAUUUGGCUAUUCGAUAUCCUCUGAAAUCCCGAGAUCUCCGUACCUCUCGCAAUGCAGCUCUGGCCAUUUUCAUGAUUUGGACACUGUCACUGCUUUUUGCAGGACCAUAUCUCAGCUACUUCCAAAUAGUCCAGUAUCAAAAGGUGCCCAUCUGUGUUCCUAUUUGGGAGGAUCAGCGCCGCAAGAUUUUGGACAUUCUUACCUUUGUAUUUGGCUAUGUCCUCCCUGUUGUUGUGGUCAGCCUGGCUUAUGCUAGGACCAUUAAAUUCCUGUGGACUGCUGUAGACCCCAUUGAGAGGAUCUCUGAAUCUCGUAAAGCCAAGCGCAGGGUCACCAAGAUGAUCAUUGCAGUGGCUGUCCUCUUCUGCCUGUGCUGGCUGCCUCAUCACCUAGUGAUCUUGUGCUUUUGGUUUGGCUACUUUCCCUUCAACCGGGCCACCUAUGCCUGCCGCUUGGCUUCUCAUUGCCUGUCCUAUGCCAAUUCCUGCCUCAACCCCAUCGUCUAUGCUCUGAUCUCGAAGCACUUUCGCAAGCGGUUCAAGCAGGUCUUCACCUGCCUCCUUGUCCAAGACAAGAACAGGAAGAAGAGAGGUGGAAACAAGGUCCACGUGGCCAACGUCACCAAUGGUUUAGUCAACCAUACUGCUGGCUUUUAUGGAGGGAACACUGAAGUAACCCAGCUGCAUGAGGAAAACAUCAGAUGUUAUCAGGGCCUGUUGCUGAAAGAGGCCGAAGAGGUUCUUCCUGAAGCAUGGUCCCAUCAGAUACAAGACACUGCCAUCUCUGAACAGAGAGGGCUAAUGGUUGACGAAGGUUCUGGAACAACUGAUAAGAACUCACAGGUAGUGACAAUACCACAAGGAGAACUGUAACUUUCUAAAUAUCGAUGACAGAUUAUAUAAAUAGAUGGACAUUUCUGUUGAGCAUGACAACCCUAUUCCCAGACUAGGCCCUGCUAUUAAGGCAAAUGUCUCAGGCAACAGAUUCAUGGAGACAAUGGUUGUAGAUCCUCAAAGAUCUCCAGGUGUUCCUCUCUUGGGAAGCAGAGAACAAUGCAUGUCUUAUGGCUAUCAUUGACCCCCUUAAAAUAGCCUAAUGCCUCAGGUGUGGUGCAGGAUGCCAUCCCAUUCGCUCAAUCAGAUUCUAUUAAUGGGAUGGGGAAAAGGAUGCUUUCUUGUCCUUUCACUCAGGUACCCUCCACAUCAGGCUACAUGCUAAUGGGAAAUAGGCUCUUUCCUGAGACACCCAAAUGACCUAUGAUUCCUCAAUGAGAGUGUCACCUUUUUCCAGUGGAAUUUUUAUUUUCACAGUUCCAGUUAUGUCCUCUUCUUACAGAUAUGACCCCAGAAACUACAGAUAAUUUAUUAUUUACUUAUAAAUGAAAUUUCUAAAUAGGUGCCACAUACUGCUGCUGAUAUGAAGGGUCAAUAUGUGUGUGUGUGUGUGUGUGUGUGUGUGUGUGUGAACAGAAGUGGUUGUGGGUGAACGUGUUGACUCUGCCCCUAUCUAACAUGAUAAGAACAAGGUACCAAGAACCUGCCACUCAAGAGCCUACAUUUUUAUCUUGUCAAGAGUUUGUAAUCUUGUAAGCUUUUUAUCUUGUAAAUACUGUAAAAAAUAUUUUGAGGGGGGCAAAUUGGGCUGGUGGCACUGUAUGAAUUUGUCAUAACAUAUUAUGGGGAGAGGGAGGGUGGGGAAAUGUCAGCAGGUUGGAAAUAGUGAGUGGAGAAAUGUUCAUUUUGCCGUGUAAUUGCAGCAGAGAGUGAAUGUCUACAUUCUGAAAUCAUCUAUUUUCCCCCUUUUAAAAAUGUAUUGUUCUUCUAAAUUGUGAGCCAUUUGAGUUCUAAUUUUGGAAAUUAGAUUAUGACAACAUUAUUAUUAGUAUUAUUAUUAUUAUCAUUAUUAUUUGAAACACAACAAGAUUAGUACACAGCAAACAAGGUCACUAUGCUGGCUGUUAUAUUGGAUCACGCAUUGGACACUUCCCAAGUGUCUAGGACUGUGUGAUAUAUUAGCAAAUAAUGUGUAUUAUCAUCAUCAUCAUCAUCAUCAUCAUCAUCAUCAUCAUUUGAUACCUAACAAGAUUAGUACACAGCAAACAAGAUCACUCUGGUGGCUUUUGUAGGGUGACCUUUUACAACUGACAGGUGGUGAUUUUGCCAGUGCUGAUUGUUUUCAAGUGAAGGUCAAGGUCCGGAGGCACUGUGCCCAGUGUGCCGAUCCCCACAGGGACCCCCUUGACUGGCUUGUGCCAGAGUCUUUGCAGUUCAAGCUUUAAAUCCUCGUAUCAUGUAAGCUUUUCCAGUUGCUUAUCGUCAAUUCUGCUGUCGCCUGGGAUUGAACAUCAUUAUUAUUAUUUACUGAAAAGGAGAAAAAACAACUGGGGACUCCUAAUAAAACAUUGUUGUAG